UUGAGUGGCAACACUGUUGCGGAAGGUGUCGUCGCGCUAAAUGUUUUUGAUGCAAUCAAACAGAGCAACAACAACAAAAUAGAAACUGAAACGCAUAUUUAAUUAAGAUUCCGGUUCGAUAGCUCGAGUUCGUGUUCGGAUCGAACGUGGCGCUUCUUGGCAAUCGCUUGCUAAUUUUUCUUAUAAAUAGCCACAGAUAUUUCAAAAACGCAUAGCAUAACGCAACACUCCACAGGCCCAGCCACAACUUGAGUCACAGAAAUGUUUAAUACCAAAACACAAGCCCACAACCUUGGCCUGAUGCUGCUGCAGCAGCUGCUGCUGCUGCUGCUGCUUGUGGCAGCUGUCAGCGUGGAUGCUGGAGCGUUGCGGCCGCGUCGCGAUGUCUCACACCUGCCGCUGGAGUACCUGCCGCCUGUGGUGCUGCCGCCGCUGCCUAGUCGCGAUUACCUGCCGCCCGUGGAGCAGCAUGCGGCCAGCCUGGCGCACGUGUUGAACCCACCUCGUGAUUAUCUGCCACCUGUGGAGGCAGUGCAGCCGGGCAACGAGUACCUGCCGCCCGCGCCCCUCGAGCAGCUAAGCGAGUCAACAGCCACAACAACUAGCACCACAGAGCUGCCGACAACAGAGGCCGUGCCCACCACCAACCCCACCACGGAGCAGCCCGCAGCUGUGGAAACCGAAGCACCUGUUGUGGAGCCCGAAACGCACGAGGAUAUUGUGGAGCCAGCCGGCGUGCUGCACGCGGAUGGCUAUCAUUAUGCCGCGCCCGACAUCAUACCCGACCUGACGCCCACAACGGCGCCCGUCGAGGCCUAUUUGCCGCCCCUCGAUGACAAUGCGGUCGUCGCCGAGGAGCUGCCCGAGAGCGAGGAAUCCGCCGCUCUGCUGGACGAUGGCUAUCAUUAUCGCGCGAUCCGGCGGUUGCGCUUCUAAGUGGACUCUACGCAUUUUGUUAACCGGCAUUUGUUGUUUAUUUUUACACACGCACACGCACACGCUAACAGUAGC